GACGCGCAGCGUUUACAAUCGGAGCACAAUGACUCAGACUAAUUUCCCAGAGCUCUGGAAUUAGGCUUCUUGUAUUUCAUGCCGCCAGUGGGCUGUAAUUCAGAACCAGGCAGCGUUUUUCCAGCGGUAUCGUGAUUUACUCUGGGUGCACAUUGGGGCUGACAAGUUCGGACAAAGUUCCUGAGGCCGUCAAACACCAGCAGCAGCUCCAGUCAUCUGCUCUGCGCAGAACAUCCAGACAGACCUGAGGGGAUGAGUGGCAAGAAGAUGGAGGACGAGGCGGUGGUGGACCGCGGGGCGUCCUUACUCAAGCACCUUUGCGACGAAGAGGAGGUUGAAGGUCACCACACCAUUUACAUUGGAGUGCGUCUUCCCGAGAGCUCUCGGCGUCGGAGGCGCCACCGCCGGAGAACCGGCCGCAAGGACAGAAAGGAGAGGUUGACGGCAAAUGUGUUUGACAAGUCGGACACAGAAAACAACGAUGAGGCCAGCAACAGCAUCCUCAGACCUCUCAUCUCACCAGCAGCCGAGAGGAUCCGUUUCAUCCUAGGGGAGGACGAUGACGGCCCUGCUCCGCCACAGCUCUUCACUGAGCUGGAUGAGUUGCUGUCGGUGGAUGGACAGGAGAUGGAGUGGAAAGAGACGGCCAGGUGGAUAAAGUUUGAGGAAAAGGUAGAAAAAGGGGGCGAACGCUGGAGUAAACCCCAUGUGGCGACGCUGUCCUUACACAGCCUAUUUGAGCUGCGCACAUGCAUAGAGAAAGGCACUAUCAUGCUCGACAUGGAGGCUUCCACUCUGUCUCAGAUUGUUGAGAUGAUCACAGACAACCAGAUAGAGAUUGGCCAGCUGAAAGCAGACCUAAAGGACAAGGUGAUGUACACGUUGCUACGGAAACACCGCCACCAGACCAAGAAGUCCAACCUCCGCUCCCUGGCAGACAUUGGGAAAACGGUCUCCUGUGCAAGUAGGCUGUUUUCCAACCAGGACAACGCCCGCAGUCCUCUGGAGAGCUCGGUGACCUGCCUGUCGGGUCACAUCUCCAUGGAGGACUUGCAGAACCAAAGGAGUACCAGUAUGGACUGGCUUAAUACUCUGACAACACCUCACAAGAACCUGGCAUCCAGCAGCCUGAAUGACAUCUCUGAUAAACCAAAGAAGGACCAGUUAAAAAACAAGUUCAUGAAGAAGUUGCCAAGAGACGCGGAGGCCUCCAAUGUGCUGGUGGGGGAGGUGGACUUCCUGGAUGCUCCCUUUGUGGCAUUUGUUCGAUUGCAGCAAGCUGUGAUGCUGGGAGCGUUGACUGAAGUCCCCGUUCCCACAAGGUUUUUGUUCAUCCUGCUUGGACCCAAAGGCAAAGCAAAGUCAUACCAUGAGAUUGGCCGAGCAAUCGCCACACUGAUGUCUGAUGAGGUCUUUCAUGACAUUGCAUAUAAGGCGAAGGACAGACAGGACUUGCUGGCUGGUAUCGAUGAGUUCCUGGAUGAGGUGAUUGUACUUCCUCCUGGAGAAUGGGACCCGACCAUCAGGAUAGAGCCCCCCAAAUCGCUCCCCUCGUCUGAUAAAAGGAAAAACAUGUACGCAGGAGGAGAGUCCCAGAUGAAUGGAGACACGCCUCAUGAUGGAGGUCAUGGAGGAGGAGGGCAUGCAAUGGGGGAGGAGCUGAAGAAGACGGGAAGGUUUUGUGGGGGUCUCAUGCUUGAUAUAAAGAGAAAAGCGCCUUUCUUUGUUAGUGACUUCACCGACGCAUUUCACAUUCAGGCCCUGUCGACUAUUCUGUUUAUUUACCUGGGAACUGUGACGAAUGCCAUCACCUUUGGUGGUCUGUUGGGGGACGCUACAGACAACAUGCAGGGUGUGUUGGAGAGUUUUCUGGGCACUACCAUCGCUGGUGGCCUUUUCUGCUUGUUGGGGGGGCAGCCUCUCAUUAUUCUGAGCAGCACCGGUCCGGUCCUGGUGUUUGAAAGGCUGCUCUUUAACUUCAGCAGGGAUAACGAUUUCGACUACAUGGAGUUCCGCCUGUGGAUCGGCUUGUGGUCGGCAUUCUUCUGCCUGGUGCUUGUCGCUACUGACGCCAGCUUCCUGGUGAAAUACUUCACCCGCUUCACGGAGGAGGGCUUUUCCUGUCUCAUCAGCUUCAUCUUUAUAUACGAUGCCUUCAAGAAGAUGAUUAAAUUAGCUCACCAUUACCCCAUCAACUCUGAGUACAACAUGGAAAACAUUACGCAGUACGAAUGUCUCUGCAUGGCCCCUUCGAUCUUAGAAAUUGAGUCGGAGUUAAUUGAUGAACCUGUAGAAGAUCCAUCCAUGUGGUACUUGAACUACACAGGCCUGGCACAAAACCAAUCAUGGUCAAGGUUCACAAAGUCAGAGUGCUUAAUGUACAAGGGAGAGCUGGUAGGAAAGGCCUGUAACUACGUUCCAGACAUCACCCUCAUGUCCUUCAUCCUCUUCUUUGGUACCUACACCACCUCCAUGUGUCUUAAGAAGUUCAAAACAAGUCCCUUUUUCCCCACCACUGUGAGGAAACUCAUCAGUGACUUUGCCAUCAUCCUGGCCAUCCUUAUCUUUUGUGGAGUUGAUGUUUUCGUGGGAGUUGACACUCCUAAACUUAUUGUGCCAAGUGAAUUUAAGCCAACAAGCCCAAACCGAGGCUGGUUUGUGCCCCCAUUUGGAGGAAACCCCUGGUGGGUUUAUCUGGUCUCUGCUCUCCCUGCCCUCCUUGUCACCAUUCUGAUCUUUAUGGACCAACAGAUCACUGCUGUGAUUGUCAACAGGAAGGAGCACAAGCUAAAGAAAGGGGCAGGUUACCAUCUGGAUUUGUUCUGGGUGGCUGUUCUGAUGGUGGUUUGCUCCUUCAUGGGCCUGCCGUGGUAUGUGGCCGCCACCGUCAUCUCCAUCGCCCACAUCGACAGUCUGAAGAUGGAAACUGAAACGUCAGCACCAGGAGAGCAGCCCAAGUUUCUGGGUGUGAGAGAGCAGAGGGUCACUGGAGUAUUAGUGUUCAUCCUGACAGGACUAUCUGUAUUCAUGUCUCCAAUUUUAAAGUUUAUCCCCAUGCCGGUCCUGUAUGGAGUCUUCUUGUACAUGGGAGUCGCUUCUCUUAAUGGAGUUCAGUUUAUGGAUCGUCUGAAGCUGCUUCUGAUGCCAGCCAAGCAUCAGCCAGACCUGGUUUACCUGAGGCAUGUUCCCCUCAGGAAGGUCCACCUCUUCACCUUCAUUCAGAUCCUCUGCUUGGCUCUGCUCUGGAUCCUCAAGUCCACUGUGGCAGCCAUCAUUUUCCCAGUGAUGAUUCUUGCUCUGGUUGCUGUCAGAAAAGCCAUGGACUGCAUGUUCUCCCAGCAUGACCUAAGCUUCCUGGACGAUGUCAUUCCAGAAAAAGACAAGAAGAAGAAAGAGGAUGAGAAGAAAAAGAAAUGUGGCAGCAUGGACAGCGAUACUGAAGAUGAGAAAAGCCCCGGUCAUUCCUUGAUCGACACACAUCGUGCUGAGCAGCUUCGCUUCUACCAGGACAGCUACUUAUCCAGCCCUGAGAGGACCCCGCUGAAAUCAGUGCCUCAGAUCAGGAUAGACAUGGACCCUGAAGAUGAAGACACGUUUUACUGGAGAGGCCGGGGGUCUGAAACAUCUCUUUAGAGGACCAACAUACAGAUUCCUGUCUUUUACCCACUUAAAUUUAGUCUUAACAUUUGUUUCUUCCAUGAUUUUAAGACUUUGUUUUGAAUCG